AUGCCACCAGUCUACCAGUCCCUGUGUCGAAAUGCCGCUUGUGGUCGUCAUGAUUCUUCAAUUUACCUCAGUCUCCCAUCAAGUCUCCGACGAUGUCAACCUAGAUCCUUGGCCAGUGCCAUAGGACGGCUCGCGACCGUUCACACAUCCUCCCGAGAUCCUCCAACUACUUUCACCACGGAACCCAAUGUCGAUAUCAAGAGUCUCCACAAUACCCUACAUGCCCAUCGCGAGGCAAACCGCGCAUCAGUUGUCCGAAAGACUUACAAAGAUCGCCCAUCUGUGCGGUUACAUGAUGCCGAUGUGCGACUCCCAUCUCGUGAGAUCAAGACUCCGGUACCCCGAAAAGACGCCUCCCGGUUCAAAAGGGUGGAACUUGCUCCAUUCAAGGGAUUCAAAGGCACGAGUCGCGAUUUAGAUCUGCUGUGGCGGAUCAAUGAUACCGAGAGCGAUCCUCCAGUACACUAUCGUCUCCCGUGGCUCCUUCAUCUCCAUGAUUCAGUGCCGAGCGUUUACAUGUCCGCGGCCGAUCGACUUGCUGAUGAAAUUCGCGCAUUCGAAAAAUACACAUCUCCUUCAAAGGAAGAGCAGCGUGCUGCCGACGACGCUUUGCAUGAUCUGGAAGAGUGCGUCAAGGAAAUCGCAGGAGACCUCCAUAUCGAUAUUAUCGGGUCUCGUGCUACCAAUCUGGCAGAUCCUUUAUCGGACUUGGAUGUCAAUAUCUCCAGCUCAGGCCAACCAGGCUCUUUGACAAAGCCCGCGCAAGUAUCUUCUGUGACCGUGCUAAACAAGCUCUACAAGAACUUUCGUUGGCCCCCCAAGACAGCAAAUCUCUUCCACUUUCGCCCCAUCGAGGUCCAGCUUUAUCUCAAGCAAGCCCGUGUACCCAUUCUACUCUGCCAGCACAAGGCGUCGGGUCUCCCAAUUCAGAUCCAGUCUACACCCCGAACAUAUGACAGCCGCGAAUACGUGAAAGCCUCCUUGAAGGAAUACCCCUCUCUCAGAGGUCUUUUCAAGGUCAUCAAACAGCUUCUACAGAUGCGGGGGCUCACAGUCGGCAGCAGCGGAGGGAUCACAUCCUACCCACUAUUUCAGAUGAUUGUUGCGGCCUUGAAAUUCUCCGAGGGCAGAUUCCAUCGUGCGGAUAUAGGCAACCAGUUCCUCUUCUUCCUGGACUUCUACUCGGACAUCGACUUUUCUGCACAUGGUAUAUCUACUGAACCUCUCGAGUUGUUUUCAAAAAGUGUUGUGCGUGCCCGCGAUCACAAUGAAGAGCCCCAGAAAGUAAUCGCGAGGUCUCAGACAUCUGAUAGAGAUCACUCUGAUCCGCUGCCUCCGACCUUUCAAGGACCAGGUCGAAAGAGGUCCCGCGACGGGAUGGAAUAUCUCAUGACGCUUCAAGAUCCAGUGAACCCCAAAAAUGAUCUUGGGAAAUCUGGUUUUCGAAUCAACGAUGUGCAGGAAACCUUUAUUGCCAUUCGGGCGACGCUGAAGGCUGCCAUGGCCAAGUGGGACAAGAGUCUGCAAACAUGGCAACAGUCAGAACAGCGAACACGAGCGCGGUCCUUGCUUGAACCUUGUGUGGGCGGAGACUACCGAAUAUAUGAGCACGAAAGAGACGACUUGCGUCGCUUGGGACACCAUUCCUUGGAAGCAGCGGCGGCCGUUUUGGAGACUCCAUAA